AUGGCGGUCGGGACGACACAGCAGCAGCCUUUGACAGGCACGGCACAGGCAAGGUCUGCAGAUACCCAGCCACGGAACCGCCGUACAGUUGUCACCACCAUCAACUACUACGACGACCCCGGUGAUGGGUCUCCCCCGACCCCAAUCGUCGUAGGGGGUCAGAAAGUCACAAAUGAGAGAAAGAUGACGCCUCGAACCAUGACAGUGACCGACGUCUCGGGCGACGAGGACAGCUUCACCCUCGACACCCACGGCUUCCAGUACAUCCGUCACACGAGUGUCGAGAAGGACUUUGCCGACGAGGAAACGGUCAGGUCGGUUUACUACCCCGAGAUGGAAAGAGUGUACAAGGAAAUCACGGGAGCCAGCAGGGUCGUCAUCUUCAACCACCAGAUCCGCCGGGGCCCGGCCAACUGGCACAGCUUGGGCGAGCGGAACACGGAGCACCGCGGGCCGCUGCAUAAGGCGCACGUGGACCAGUCGUACGAAGGCGCCGUCAUGAUGGCGAGGCACCAUCUCGGCGACGAGGCCGACGAGCUGCUGAAGCGCCGUUUCCAGAUCAUCAACAUUUGGCGGCCCAUCAAGACGGUUCACAAAGACCCGCUGGCCGUCGCCGACGGGAACACGGUGGCCGAAGAGGACCUCGUGCCGGGGGCCAUCAUCUACCCGAGACACCGGGCCGAGACGUGGACCAUCAAGCCCAACCCGGCGCACCGGUGGUACUUUAAGGACAAGCAAUGCCCGGACGAGCCGCUGCUGAUCAAGUGCUUUGACUCGGACACGUCGGUGGUUCGGCGGGCGGCCCACUGUGCGUUCCGCGACCCGGAGAUGGACGAUAUGGAGUCCCGGCAAAGCAUCGACAUCCGGGCGCUGGUAUUCCACUGA